AUGGCUGACCUCGCCCGCGAGGAGGCCGACCGUUACUUUUCCCACCGUGACCACCUGACUUCUCACCCUGAGGAUCGCCACAACGACGGCUCAGACGUCGACGUUGAGCCUGAACCUGUAUUUGACAACCUCUCAGACCCUGGUACAGACGACGACGACGACGCUGCCCGCAACAUGGCGACUAUGACCACCACAAAGACCACCUACCAUCUGCCUUCGCAAGUCCACUAUGCCAAUACUGGGCCCAAAGGAGUCAUUGCAGAUGCCCAAUCCUUUGCCCGUGCCAAACAAUCGACCUUUCGCCAACGAUUGACCAGCUUUGCCAACAACUUGACCUCAAAUGGCAAGGCAGCAGCAGUCCCGACCGUCACGGAGAAGGGUGACAAGCGCAAAACCAUCAUAUCUGGAUCCCCCAAAUCAACCACAUCCUCUGACUCGGACACGAACAUUACCCUCUCCGACGACGAAGCCGAUUCAGAAUUCAUGAAAACCUGGCGAGCCAAUCGCCUGCAAGAGCUCUCAUCCCAGUCCCAGUCUGCCUACAGCUCCUCUCAGCGGAGACACUUCCCCAGCCAACGCACCUGGGGCAUGCUCAUGGAAGUGGACGCAAACGGCUACCUAGACGCAAUCGAAAAGGUCUCCAACGAGACCGUCGUCGUCGUCAUGAUAUAUGACCCUUCGUCCAGUGCCAGUGCCGCGGUGGAAGACGAGCUGAGUAUGCUUGCCUACAAGCACAACACCACCCGCUUUAUCAGAUUGCACCAUGAAAUUGCAGAGAUGGAGACGGUCGAGAUCCCGGCUAUCUUGGCUUACAAGGCUGGUGAUGUUUUUGCUACGAUAUCCGGCGCAAGGGCAGAGGGCCUGGAAGGUGUGCUGCUACAGUGA